AUGGAUGCAGUGGCGGAAGGUCUCAAGCGACAGCCUCCAUGGGCUGUCCUGUAUGCAGAUGAUGUGGUGUUGAUGGCAGAAAACAGAAAAGAACUUGAAGAAGAAGCACAGAGAUGGAAGGACCAGUUAGGGACGUACGGCUUGAAGCUCAACACAAAGAAUACAGAAUAUAUGGAAGAAGUUGCAUCCCUAGCGAAGGAGGUCUUCAAGAUGAAAUAUCUGUUAGGACAAACGCAUCCUGGAUUAGAUGGAGGGCCUUCAAAGGAGUUCUAUGCGACAAGCGAAUGCCAGUGUAACUCAAAUCCCAAAUAUACCGUACUGUGA